AUGGAACAUUAUGCUCUCACCCUUCAAUGUUCUCCAAUUCUUAGUCCUCUUUCAUAUAGUUCCAAAUCAUAUGAAAAUCGAAAAUUUCAUCUUAGAUUAAACCAAACCACUCUUUGUAUCCCUCGAGUUACCACAAGCCACAAUGUUACACGUUCAAUAAGCCAUGCAAAUUGCAUGCAUAAUAGCUUCUCUGUGCCUAAUUCAAAGACUAUUGAAAAAAGUGACAACAACAUUUUGAGAGGAAUAAAUGGAGUUUCCAUAGUUUUGGGUUGCAUUCUUGGAAUGUUUAAUUUUAAUAGCAAGAUGAUGAAUUCCAAGUUCAACACUGCUUAUGCUAUUAUUGACCCUAACGUUGAACCAUUAAGUGGAGGAGCGAGUUCGUUCGGUUCGUUGUGGAACUCGAUGAACGCUGAAUUAAUAGAUUCUGAUAUCAAGUUCAAUUCUCCUCCUACUCCUGAUAAUAGGAAGAAACAUGCUCUAUAUCUAAGAAAAACUGGGAAGAGAGAUAAAGUAGAGGAAAAACUGAAUGAGUUAAGAACUGAAUACAUGAAUUCUAAAGAUGAGUAUUCAACUAUAUAUAUCGAACGUUCGGUUCGAUCAUCAUUCAUGGAACUUCUCUUGAUUCAGGGACAUUUUGAAGAAGCCCGAAAACUCCUAGACGAUGAAAUUGAUAAUCUCGUAAACCCUAAACGGAGUAAAGUAAAAUCAGAGAAAAAGAUUAAUCAACUGCUUGACAUUUACAACAAAGAGAAGGUAGAUCAUGAUAAGCAAGCAAUAGCUGAUAUUAUUUUUUAUAAGGCCAUUAUACACAUCAUGUUAAAAGAUAAUAAUGAAGCAGCAAAGUGGUGGGAAGCAUUUGCAAAAACACUGCCUAAAGAGGCCCCAAAUAAAGAGAUCCAUUUCCCAUGGAGUAUGUGA